ACUACUCCAGUGAGAUCGCAGUAGCAAUCGCAAUCCGUCGGAAAUAUCUCUGUCGCGCCGCCGUCCGCCGUCGCCGCCGCCGCCGUCCGCCUGCGCCAUGCUCCGCCUCAGGAAGUGCGUCGUUUCCUAUAUCCUCUCUUCUUCCUCCACCUCUGCCAUCUCCCCACUCCGCCGCCUCCCCUCCACCACCGCGGCCCCCAUUUCCCCGAACCCCAGUAGCUUCGCCGUCGAGGAGUACCUCGUCCACGCCUGCGGCCUCACGCGGCCCCAAGCCCUCAAGGCCUCCACCAAGCUCUCCCACCUCAAGUCCCCCGCCAAACCCAACGCCGUCCUCGCCUUCCUCUCCGGCCUCGGCCUCUCCGGCGCCGAUGCCGCCGCCGCCGUCGCCAAAGACCCGCAGCUCCUAUGCGCCAAAGUGGACAAAACCCUGGCCCCGCUGGUCGAUGGGCUCACCGGCCUCGGCCUGUCGCGUUCCGACAUCGCCCGCCUCCUCUCGCUCACCCCCGACCACUUCCGCCGUAGAGCCAUGCUCUCCAGGCUGCAGUACUACCUGCCCCUCUUCGGCUCCUUCCACAACUUCCUCCGGCUGCUCAAGAACUCAUCCCGCCUGUUGUAUUUGAACCUCGACAAGGUUAUCAAGCCCAAUGUUGUGUUCCUGAGGGAGUGCGGGCUAGGUGAUUGUGAUAUUGCCCAGCUGUGUAUCCAUGCGCCGAGGUUGCUCACCGCUAACCCGGAGCGCGUCUGGGCGAUGGUGGCAUGCGCCGAAGGUAUAGGCGUGCCCCGUGGCUCUGGGAUGUUCAGAGAAGCGCUACAUGCUGUCGCAUUCCAAAGCAAGGAGAAGAUUGCCGCCAAAGUGGACUACUUGAAGAAUACCUUCAGGUGGUCUGAUGCCGAAGCGAGCGUUGCUGUGCGCAAGUAUCCACGUCUGCUGAGGAAGUCAAAGGAAUCUCUGAAGCGCAGGGCCGGGUUCUUGUUCUCUGAGGUGCGGCUGGAACCCGUGUACAUUGCUUAUCGACCGGAAAUACUUUCUUAUAGCAUGGAGGGUCGACUCAGACCCCGGUACUAUGUUAUCAAGUUUCUCAAGCAAAAUGGACUGCUAGAUCGUGACUUGAGCUUAUUUUAUGCGGUCAAGAUGACUGAGAAAGUAUUUGCGGAGAAGCUCAUAUGCCCUCACAAGGAAGCUGCACCGCACCUCGCUGAAGACUACGCAACUGCUUGCAAAGGGGAAGUUUCAACAAAUUUCAGAUUUAGAUGAACCAGGAACAGGCUAUGAAAAUUCGUAACGUGUGUAUGGCGCAACAAAGUUUUCACUCUGCGUAGUAAGCUGGUAACUCCUGCCUUGGUGUUCUAUGCCUAACUGGAUGUUUGCUCUCUUUUGUAGUGUGUUUGUUACAUGCCAGUUUGCUCAUUGCUAACUCUUGCUGUAACUGAUAAAUUGAUUCCUGAACCCUGA